CUCGCAGCAUGCGGAGGCUCCGGCGCCUCGCGCAGCUGGUGCUUUUCUGCCCGCUCCCCACGGGCCUGCAGAGCCGCCUGCCUGGCAUCAAGGUGAAGUACCUGCUGGURCUCUGGCUGGGCAUCUUCGUGGGCAGCUGGGUGGCCUACGUGCACUACGCGUCCUACUCGGAGCUCUGCCGCGGCCACGUGUGCCGCGCCGUCAUCUGCGACCAGUACAGGAAGGGCAUCAUCUCGGGCUCGACGUGCCGGGAGCUGUGCGAGGAGCUGACCCUCCGCUUCCAGCGCUGCCUCUCCUCGUCCGCCGCGCAGCAGGUCUACAGCGGGCUCUGGAAGGACARGGAGGUCGUCAUCAAAUGCGGCAUCGGGGAGGCCCUCCGGGCCGGGGGCAGCCCGGAGGCGGCGCCGCGCCGGGACCUGGUUCUCUUUGACAAGCCGACGCGCGGGACGUCCAUGGACGAGUUCAGGGAAAUGCUCCUCAGCUUCCUCAAGUCCAACCUCGGGGAGCAGCCCUCCCUCGCAGCCCUGGUGGGCCAGAUCAUCGCCAUGGCAGACGUGAACAGGGACGGGAAGGUUUCCUUGGCRGAGGCCAAAUCCAUCUGGGCGCUGCUGCAGCUCAACGAGUUCCUGCUGCUGCUCUCGCUGCACGAGAAGGAGCACGCGCCCAAGCUGCUCGGCCACUGCGGGGACCUCUACGUCACCGAGAAGAUCCCCCACAACUCGCUGUACGGGACGGAGGUGCCCCGCGUCCUGCAGGCGCUGCUGCCCUCCGCCGUCCACCGCCUCGUCCACCAGUGGUUGGCGCCGGCGUGGCCCCGCCGGGCCAAAAUCGCCAUCGGCCUCUUGGAGUUCGUGGAGGAGAUAUUCCACGGGACGUACGGGACCUUCUACAUCUGCGACGCCAGCUCGGCCAACGUGGGCUACAACGACAAGUACGACUUCAAAAUGGUCAACCUGGGCACGGUGGCGACGGAGGCGGCGGUGAGGGCCUUCCUCAAGGGGCGGCACUGCGAGCAGAACGGGGACUGCACCUACGGCAGGGACUGCACGGCCUCGUGCGACAAGCUGCUCAAGCAGUGCAAGGGCGACAUGGUGCAGCCCAACCUGGCCAAGGUGUGCGCGCUGCUGCAGGACUACGUGCUGCACGGCGCGCCCGCCGAGCUGCAGCACGAGCUGCAGAAGCAGCUCCGCACGUGCACCACGCUCAGCGGCCUCGCCAGCCAGAUGGAAGUGCAUCACUCCCUCGUGCUGAACAACCUCAAGACCUUGCUCUGGAAGAAGAUUUCCAACACCAAAUAUUCCUAGCGGGGGAAGCAGCGGGACGGGGUUUCCRGGCUGGUGUUGAGCACGGGAUUAGAGGGCUUGGUUUCUCCGUCCUUGGCCCCGUAGGAAGACGUCGGAGCUCCGCGUUUUGCAGCCCCUUCUGCUUCGUGACAAGCAGCACAUCGUGACUUCCAGCACCCAGCAGCAUCAUCGACACCGCGUUUUGGCUCUGCGCUGCACAGCGGGAGCAUCCGGAGCCUGGGGACAGGCUGGGGGAGGAGGACGAGAUAGGAAGAGCUYGGGAGCCCGAGCCCAGGUGGGAGCAUCCAACUUCCACCCGCCUGCUUCUCCGUCAGCAGGAAAGCAGCGCAGAAAGGCGAGAACGAAUCACUCAUGCUGUACUUGCCACUUCUUAUUUUGAUGAGCAGCUCUGAUGUAAAUAAAAAGCUUUUCCAUGAACCRCACCACUACAUCGACAGCAAAACAGCAGCCUCUUAAAUACCAGCUUUUUGGGGAACUAAGAGAGGAAGGUAAAAUUUCCCUACCCCGAAGUGUCCGAGUCAUUUGCCAUAAGAUCCAGCUGUAACUUCGGAAGCAAAAUCAGCCACCUUUCCCACACAAGAGAAACCUGCCACUUGUGUCGCUCCUUGGGAAGAAGGGCUACAGCCAAGGGCUGCAACACAAACCCUUCUGACAGGUUAUAUAUGCUCCAUUACUCCAUAUAUAUAUGUGUGUGUAUAUGUACACAGACACACC